CUUGACCAAACUAAACAGAAAUGCGUGGUAUAUAUGGACCAGCCGUAUGUUUGUCUGCCAGACAGAACCUGUUAUCUGCUGUGUAGCUCUGAAGGUUGGGCUGAAGCACUGAAAUAUUAUAAUUGGAUUCAACAAAACAAAUAUUCGGGACAAUGGCGACUGAUUUCACGUAUAAACCUGGCUUCAAAGCGACCGAUGAUAUGAAGAAAGCAUUCGAUGAGUACGGAUUCAUAAUCAUCAGAGGGCUUCUCAACACGGCGGAGCUCAACAAGGUGAAGAAAGCGCUGGAGGAGAACGGCGAGAUCCUCAAACAUUCCUUCGGGUUGUCCGAUGGAAACAACCGGAAGAGCCGUCUCUGUGUCUGGAGUCAUCCCGGAAGUGACAUCACGGGCAUUGUGUCCCGGAGUGAGAGGGUUGCUGGCACUGUGGAAAAGCUUCUUGGAGGCGAGGUGUACCACUACCACUCUAAACUGAUGAUGAAGGAGGCGCAGACUGGGGGAAGCUUUGUGUGGCAUCAGGAUUAUGGCUACUGGUACCACAACGGACUUCUCAAGCCGGACAUGCUGGCCGUGUUCACGGCUAUCGACAAGUGCAACAAGGAGAAUGGCUGCCUUGAGAUUCUGGAGAAGUCCCACAAGUGUGGUCGUAUCGAACACAAGUUUGUCGCUGGCCAGAUCGGGGCUGACCUCGACCGCGUGGAACUGAUCAAGGCCACGUGCAAGCACAGAUACGUCGAGUUGGAACAAGGCGACGCCCUGUUCUUCCACUGCAACCUGCUCCACAACAGUGCCGCCAACACUAGCGAUAAACGACGCUGGGUCCUCAUCACAGCCUUCAACACCCUCGACAACAACAGCGUCGUGGAGCACCACCAUCCUCCUGGAACCAAGAUAGAUAUCGUGAGCGACGACGCUAUUCUUGCCUGCACCAACUACAGCGACAUGACCGGCAAACGCUUCAUGGACCCCUCGGCCAACAAGACAAUCAAGGUAGACAACUAGGUCAGAAGAUUCGCAUUUUGAAAUUUCACGGUUGUCUCCCUUGACAAUGUUAAAGAGGUUAUAAAAACACGUCCCGCC